UCGGUGGGCGUUAUGCUUUAUUUCCCGACAUGAGAAACACGAGGUGUGGCGUGUGAGCUGGUCGAAAUGCGUGUGUCUCAUAGUCACUGCGUGAGACUUGAGAGCCCUGCUAUCAUCUGUAAAGUGUAAUAUCAUUGCGACUAUUGGUUUUACACAAAUGAUCUCAUUAGAUAUGAAACCUGCAGGGAGAUCUACAAUUUUAAUGAUAAUCAAUGUCAGUUUUCAAGUUACUUCUAAUGGAGCUGUCCUUAAUGGAAAUAACCACAAAUCAAUAUUAAGCUUUCAGUUAUUAUAACCGCAUCUGACUGCUACUUUAAUCAAAUCAGUUUAGGAAAAAUCCUGUUAAAUUGCUCCAGCUGCCCUGUUCCCUUGGGACACGGGAUACUUACCAGAAUUUAUGUCGGAAAUAACAGAGCAGCCCCGCAGCUUAAAGCCACUCUACGUCAUUCGCACUACGACCACCUGUAAUCUCAUUCACCGAGGAAUGUGCGGCAUCGCCGAAGAUCCGCACUCCGUACGGGUGACGCUACCUUGCUUGCGUUCGCGGAGUGAUCGGUGGUCAAUGUCGUCAUUAAUAAAAGAGGAGAUGCAAAGACUGUUAUUCCGACCAAAAGGACAACAUCUGAAGGAACUGAUAGAAAUAGUGGAAUCAGAAGAGAGGAGACAUUUUCUUUGUGUGUCAGUGGCUAAGCGCGAUACGGUGAGGAUAACUGUGAUCAAAUGCGUAAGAUCAGGUACGGAGGAGAAAUAUGAGCGGCUGGAUGAAUGGUUUCUUAAGGACCUUGUUUUACUCGAUGGGAAAGAUUCCGAAACGGACGAACCGCAGUUUUUAAUGCACUUCGACGCGGUUCGCUCGUUCACAGCCGUGAGCUGCGCGUCCAAGUACACGCUGGCUCGUGCGCUCGUGAGCCUCAGCUCCAAGCACCACAAGAGGAGCCUGCAGCUUGCCAACUUCGACAGGACGUACGUCCAGCCCACGUCCAUGUACUCCAACCGCGGCGACUGCAUGGUGCUCAUGCAGAUUUGCGUCUACGCUUUCAAUCUGUUGUGCUUGUCGUUGUGCCCCGUGCCAUGAUGCAUGGAGCCACUGACCUGUGACAGUUUGAUAUGAUAUGUCCCCAAGCACUAUAGUUACUGCAUAAAGCCUUAUGUGGAUAAAAAGCUUCAAUUCACAGUACACAACGAAUGUAAACACUUUUGCAUCAAACACCUUCAGUUAUGCUGUGCACAAGAUGUGAAAUACUACAAUAUCCUGGAUAAAAACUCUGGUAUUUACAAGCUGAAAUUGGUCUUUAUUUCUAGAACAUUCGCUCACUACAUUUCAGUUAAAACUGAUAUUUCUACAGGUCAUAUAAUUGCUAAACAUACUAAUAUGUAAAAUUUAUUGUAACAAAUUAAAUUAAAUACAAUUAUGCCAGUCACUGUAAUAGGAAAAUAUUGACUUUUGAGUCGCGGGUUGUGUAUGUUUUCUCACAGUGUCCAGCAUGGGGCUGAAACACCUUGACUAAGAGUUAUUUAAUCUACUCGCUCUGAGGUGUGAGGCAGAGAAUCACCCUUCCUGCUGUUAACAAAACCCAGCUGAGUAUCAGCCUGGUCCUCGAGUUUGUAGGUGGCAUUUUGUACGGUACCAUAAAUACCACGGCGGGUGUCGGAGGGGCUUGGAUUUCCUGGCAGAUUCUGGGGGCCUGGAAUAUGGAGUACGUAAAGUUAUAUAUAAAAUUGGCUGGGGAUGGGGGCAAGAAUUUCCAGGGAGGUCCCCGAAUACCACAUAUUGCUGUCAUGUUUUGCUUAACAGAAAUGUAGAAGGAAAAUGAUUCAGAAGCACAGCGGCUUUCUCUGAAUUAACAUGACUAUCUUUUGUGUCUCCCAAACAGGGCACUUAUGUACUAAGGUACUGUAGUAAUGUACAAUGGACAUAUGUAAACUGGCGACCCUCAGAAUGUGCGAUUCUGUCUGUGUGAUACAUGCUCUCUAUGUGCAUCACUCAGGAGAAAAGUGUCUCUGCCAAUCAGAGUGUUUCCUGAGUCAAGUAAAUACAUUAUCUAUAAGACUGAAAGAUUGUUAUUCAUUGGAAUAUUAUUCAGUUGCGUUUUUUAUUGUGACUUAAUUCUGCACAUGUUGAAUUAAAUAAAAAUCUGGUAUUGGGGUCAUAUAAUUUGCAUGCUUAUCAGUAUUUAGGCUGGAAUAUUUCAGCUAAUCUAUUUUACUAAAUCACAUGAUAAAUCAGGAAUGUAAGUGUGAUGAAAUGUUGAAUGUUGAAUGUGACGAAAUGUAAAUUGUUGUCCACAAAAGCACAAUGACAGCUGUAAUGCUCACAGGGAUGUGCUUUUCUGAUGUUCCAGAGCGACACGUUGCCAUGCUGGGUUAUAACUGCAUUCAUGGGCAGCAAGUUAUCAUUAAACGACACCAAUGAAAGAUGUUUUGCAUAUUUUUUUGAGGUCAUGAACACCAUGUUCAUAUUUAUUAUUAAGAGCCAUGUAAUUAGCUUUAUUUGUAUUUAAUAAGUGACCCGUCCAUCUAUUUUCCAUAACCACCUAACCAGAGUAUCUGUAGGAAACUCAGAUAAACACAGGAUGUUUUAGACCUAAACAAACCAUAAAGAAGCAAGAUGUUUUUCUGUGUACUGUGAACUGACCUUUUGGAACUGAUUCCACUGUGAUCUGUGUAAAACCCAGCAUACCCGGGGCUAAAUAAAGUUUUAAAUUGCAAGUUUGCAUUGAGGUGACCAUUGUAUUUUCCUACAAUAAAUUUGGUACUUAAAGGGCCAUUUUGA